AUGAAUAAUUAACAAACAAUUUCAAAUAACUCCAAGGAAGAACAACAACCAGAAGAAGAAUCCUAUGAUGAAGAAGAUGAUGAAGACUUAUAAGAGUAUACUUAAUCAACUAAUCUAAAAUAAUUGUUCAAUAACUCAGGUAUUUCAAAAAAAGCUACAAUUAUUAGAUUCUUUCAUGCAAUAAAUUAAUAUUUUGAAUGAAUAGGCUACUACUAAAAUUAAACAAUAAAAACAUAAAGAAGCAUUGAAACUAUUGUAAUAAUCAGAACAAAUGCUUGAAGUAUUACUUAAUUUAAUCUAUUAGUUUGCUGCUAGUUGUGGAAGAGUAAUUGAUAGGAACUUAAUAAUUAUUAUCUUGUAUAAUUAAGCUUGUGCAUAUUAAUGGUAUAGUUUUAAUAAUCAUUUCAGUUAAUGGAUUCUAGAUAAAUGUUCCAAAUAUUUAGAUGGAGUUAUUUACAAUAUGGAAAUUGGUAUUAAAGAAGAUGAAUAAGAUUUAUAAACUCUUGCAAAUGUUUAAGAAACACAAGCAUAAUUAAUCAAAAGAUAGACAUUUCUUGUUAAAGCUUAUUUACAAUAUACUGCUAUUUUAAGUUAAUUAGGAAAGUAAUUUAAAAUUUAUCUCUAGACAUAAGUAAGCAUUAAUUAAUUCACAAAAAGCAGCAUAAACAAUGAGGGAAUUAUUUAAAAUUGCCAAUUCUUUUUGUUAGUAAUGGCUACAAAUUAAUGGUUCUUAAGGUACUGCUACAACAUCAUAGUCAAAUGUUUCAGUAAAAAGUAAAUUAAUUUUUUUAUAUAAUUUAGAUGAAUCUUCUCAUAAUCUUGAGAAAAAGAAAAAAGGAUAAACUUAUUAAGUCAAAGAUGAGAUUGAAUUCGGUAGAUUUGUAAUUGAUAGUGCCUAAGAUGUUUUAAAAGAUAUGAUUAAAUAGGAAGAUUUAAAUACUGUUAGAUUAGAUCAAAAAUAAUUACUAAAAGAAACAAAACGUUAAUUGUAUAAUUGGAGAAACAAUCCAGAAAAUAAUGAAAAAUAAAUUAGAAAAGAAUUCAAAUUAAUCUCUUAGAAUGAAGAAUAUCGAUCUUUAUUAGGUAUUCAAAAUUUGGCUGAUUGGAUUAAGAAUUUUAAUAUUGGAUCAAUUAUGCAUAUGGCUCCUUAAAUUUAUGAAGAAUUUACUUAAUUUGGGGAAAUUAUAUAUGAAUUAGCAAAACGAUAGCUUUUAGAAAAAGUUAUAUAUCUUUCUAUAUCAUAUUUUACUAUUGCAACUGAAUUAAGAUUUGUUGAACUUGAGAAAGCCAAAUAACAUGGUAUUAAGGAUGAUAAAAUAGAUACUGAAGAAUUUAAGUUAAGUGAAUUAUAUCAUCUUAAAUCUAUUGAAAUUGCAUGUAGAAAUAUCACAUAUUAAUCUCCAUACAUAUCUCAUCUAAUUACAAGCUAUCAUAAACAUUAUAAUAUUAAUUUAGAUGUUAUUAGAGAAGAAUCCUUAUAAUCAAGUGCUUCUGAAAAGAUAAUAGAAGAAUAAGAAUUGCCAAAAGGUAAAGGAAAGCCUUUAUAAAUAUAAAUUAACAAGGAAAUUCCAAGUUCUAAAUUUGAAAAGCAAGAUCAAUCCCCAAAACUUACAGGUAAUUUUAUUAAGUCUUUUCUUAAUUCCAGAUCCCCUCCAAAAUAGUCUCAAUAAUAGUAAGUAAAGAAUCUUAUUAGUGAAACUGUUAAAAUUCAAACAAAUUUAUUAGAAUAAAUGAUCAAUAAAAAAAGAGGGUCUGAUUCUUCUCCUUCUAAUUAAAGGAAUUCAACAAAAUAGUAAAAUUAAGCAGAUUUUGAUUUCAAUGUCUAUUUAAAAAAAUAAUCUAAUCCAUGCAAUACAAGCAAUUAAAAUACUGAUACUACAUAAGACGUAAUUAAUAGUGUUAUGACAAUUUAAUUAUAGCCAUAUAAGAAUAAUAAUGUCAAAUAUAAUCUUAAUAAUAUGAUUAAAUAAUAAAGUCCUAAUAAUAAUAAUAAUACUUAAUUGAAAAGUUUACUUUCUGAUGCCUGUAGAACAGAGAGACAAGUAAUGACUGAAUAAUAAAAUUCAUAUACUCCUAUUAGUUAUAGAGUUAAUAAUCGAUCUCCUGAUUCAUCUUAUCUAAAUGCCUAAAAAUAACGAUAACAAUAACUUCAUCAAAAUAAAACUCCAUAAAAUAGACCGAGAACAAAUACUGAGUAAUAGUAUCCAUAACCAUGUAUUUAUUAUUGAUUAUCUAGCUUAGCCUUUCCAUUAAAAUUGGAAACAAUUUAGCAGUUAUUAAGAAAUAAAGUAAUUAAUAAUCCAAAAAUUAAAUGA